AGAGCGGAGCGGGACCGGAGCCGUGCGGGGCGGUGCGGUGCGGUGCGGUGCAGCCAUGUGCGAUUUCUCGGAGGAACAAACGGCGGAGUUCAAGGAGGCAUUCCAGCUGUUCGACCGCACGGGCGAUGGGAAGAUCCUAUACAGCCAAUGCGGGGAUGUGAUGCGGGCGCUGGGGCAGAACCCCACUAAUGCAGAGGUGAUGAAGGUGCUGGGCAACCCCAAGAGCGACGAGAUGAACCUGAAGACGCUGAACUUCGAGCAGUUCCUGCCCAUGAUGCAGACCAUCGCCAAGAAUAAGGACCAGGGCUGCUUCGAGGACUACGUGGAGGGGCUGCGCGUCUUCGACAAGGAGGGCAACGGCACCGUCAUGGGCGCGGAGAUCCGCCACGUCCUCGUCACCCUGGGUGAGAAGAUGACAGAGGAGGAGGUGGAGCAGUUGGUGGCCGGGCACGAGGACAGCAACGGCUGCAUCAACUACGAAGCGUUUGUGCGACACAUCCUGUCGGGGUGACACCACAGGGAACUCGUCCGGAUGGUGCUGAGCGGCUGAGGACCCCCCCCCCCCCAAAACUCACCCCUAAACCCCCCCCCUCCCCACCUCCAUGAUGGAUUUGGUGCCUUUUGCCCACUCUGCUCCCCCCCCCAUUGCUGUUCCCCCCCCCCCUCAGCCCCACAGCUCCAUCACCGCUCUGUGCAGCGGCGCCCAAUAAAGGCUGCACAGCGAUGCUGA